AUGGCAGACGAAGCAGACAUGCGCAAUGAGCUGGCCGACCUGCAGACACGCGCAGACCACGUAGCUGAUGAGUCUCUGGAGAGCACUCGGCGUAUGCUGGCUCUGGUUGAGGAGAGCAAAGAUGCCGGCAUCAGGACCCUGGUCAUGCUGGAUGAGCAGGGAGAACAACUGGAGCGCAUCGAGGAGGGGAUGGACCAAAUCAAUAAGGACAUGAAGGAUGCAGAAAAGAAUUUGAACAAUCUAGGACAAUUCUGUGGUCUAUGUUCAUGUCCCUGUAACAAGAUUAAGGGCGGUGGCCAGGCCUGGGGAGCGAACCAGGAUGGUGUGGUUAACAGCCAGCCUGGGGCUCGAGUGGUGGAUGAGCGUGAACAGAUGGCCAUCAGUGGGGGCUUCAUCCGCAGGGUAACAGAUGAUGCCCGGGAGAACGAGAUGGACGAGAACCUGGAGCAGGUGGGCGGCAUCAUCGGUAAUCUGCGUCACAUGGCCCUGGACAUGGGUCAGGAAAUUGACACGCAGAAUCGCCAGGUUGACAGGAUCAUGGAGAAGGCCGAUUCCAACAAGACCAGGAUUGACGAGGCCAACCAGCGUGCGACGAAGAUGUUGGGCAGUGGCUAA